AUGGUGGUGGCGGUGCCGUCUGGUGGGCCGGGAGGCCCUUGUCCUGCCGGCUGCGAGGUGCGCGCCGCGGCUCCUCCCAAAGGCUUCGGCCUCUUUGCCUGUUCCAGCUGCUCCGCCUACACCGACAUGUUCACGGAGGAGCCUCUUUUUGCUAUGCAGCAUUCCGGCAACCGUCGCGUGGUCGCCGCUUGUGCGCGCUGCUGUGGCUUCGUGCCCUCUGUUCCUUUGCAGCUGGAGGUGCUCUUCGGCGAGAGCCGCUUCGCGCCUUUGCUGACAGCCCUGGGGGAUUUGCCCUCCAGGUGGCAGGAGAGUUGUGGAGAAGGACAAGCGGCUGUGGUGCGAUGCAAGCAAGGCUGUGGUGAACUCUACUGCUCCGAGGCCUGCAGAGACAUGCACUUCCAGCACUCUCACAACCUGCUUUGCGUCGGUCCUUUGACGACGGAGGACCACCCGCUUCUUCGCUUCAAGUACCACGCCCUCGAGCAUGCUGACACCCUGCUCUUGGCUGCGCAGGUCUUCGCCUUCCUCAUCAACCGCGCCAAAGCAGCGGGUGGUGGAGCGGAGGUGAUGCAAGGCCUGAUGCAGGAGCUCUUGUGCUUCUGCCAUGCGCCCUUUCGGGAAGCGUGCAGACCACCUCCUGGCCGCUCCAAGGACACAGAGUUCUACGCCCACGCGGACGGCCUCGUGAGCGAAGCCGCGGCUCUGCUCCGGGCUGCCCUGGAGCCGCACGCCCCAAAUGAGGUUGGAGCGCUCUUUGCGACUGGGCCGAACUUCUUCGCUGAAGUGCUGGGGCUUUUCGAGUACAACAACAUUGACCUCGAGGUGCAAUCGCCCAUGGGGCCACUGCUCCAGAACCGAGCCAAAGCGCUUGCACCCCACAUCUCGAAUCCUCAGGCACUAGCUGAGCUCAAGCAGUUGGAGGCCUUGCUUCGGGAGAAGGAAUGGGUAAUGCGCUGCAUCUGGGGCGAGGAGACGACCGGGAUCUUCGGCGACGAGGCCGACGUGGCGAACGUGGGCGAUGCCGAGCCGAUGGACAGCCUCAUGAAGGCUGCUGAGCGGGGCAACGAUGCCGAGGUUGCAAGUGCGGCCAUGGCCCAAGCCACCGCAGAAGUUGCCGCACUCUCCCUCGAGCAGCUGCUUCAGGGCGUGUGGCCACAAAUGCACGGGACGGCGCUCUUCGCUUCAGUUGCUCGCAUGAACCAUUCAUGUGCGCCCAACAUGAAGGUGGCCUUUCCAGGAAACUCGGCCCGCUUGACGGCGACUUCCGUCUUGAACAUCUCGCCGGGUGAUGAGCUGUGUAUCUGCUACGUCAACCAGGAGGCAGAUGUUCAAACACGCAGACGCAGGCUUCUGGAAUAUGGCUUCACGUGCACUUGCAGCAGGUGUUUGGCCGAGGAUUCUGCGACACUUCGGAAGGCUCAGAAGCGGCUCAAGCGAUCCCCAGGAGUUGCUCGUGAGCUCAUGGGUGGUGGCAGCAGCAAGGAAGUGGCUGGCGACAGUAUCUACGACUUCCAGGUCAAGAACAUCGAUGGCCAGGAGGUCUCGCUGCAGGAAUACUCGGGCAAAGUGGUGCUCAUCGUCAAUCUGGCGAGCAAAUGUUUGACAAAGACCAAUUAUGCUGAAUUGUCAUGGGCUGAGCAAACCUGCGCCGGCCUUUUCCUGCUCAGCCUUUACCGAACGGUCGCAGGAUUCGAGGCUCGCUUUGCAGAAGAUCAUGUCCCAGCAGGCGGGCAACGUCAUGUCACGGUCAUGUCGGACCUGCAACACAUCAUAAGUCAGGAGCCGGGCACCAAUGCCGAGGUCAAGGCUUUUGCCCAGUCCAAGUGCCCGGACACCUUCCCCCUCUUCGCGAAGAUUGACGCUCCUUUGUACACCUUCUUGAAAGCCCGACAGGGAGAGCUGCUGGGAAGCGACAUCAAGUGGAACUUUGCCAAGUUCCUGGUGGACCGUCAAGGACAGCCUGUGGCACGCUUCGGGCCGCAGCAGGCAGAAAGCUGCAGUUUCUCAUGA